AUGAACGCUCCAUCUAAAGCAGUGUCUGAAAUAAUUCGCAGUAAAGAUGCGGUUGAAACUAAAAAACAAAGUAGAGAAGACUACAAAAAGGCCAAAGAACUUGAAGAGGCCCGUAAGGCCGGAACAGCGCCCGCUGAGGUAGAUGAAGAAGGAAAAGACAUCAACCCGCACAUUCCUCAGUACAUUAGUAGCACCCCGUGGUAUUAUGGCUCACAAGGUCCCACCUUGAAACAUCAACGAGCUCCGGAAGAGAAGGUCAAGCCCGCGGCUAGUCUCAAUGAGUACUUUGUACGAGGACAAAAGGGCAAGACUGCUACAAAGUUUCGAAAGGGUGCCUGUGAAAACUGCGGCGCAAUGACACACAAGAGAAAAGACUGCCUAGAACGGCCCCGAAAAGUGGGCGCAAAGUUCAGUGGCGAAGACAUUGCCGCCGAUGAACUUAUCCUUCCCAAGCUUCAGCACGAUUUUGACGGCAAACGAGACCGAUGGAAUGGCUACGAUCCAAUGAUGUACCGCUCGGUGAUUGAGGAGCACGCCAAGGUGGAGGAAGCGAAGCGACUGCUGAAAGAGGAGAAGCUGCAGCAGCAGGAUUUAAUCAGCAAUGACGACGCCCCUGGUGACUCUGACGAGGAUGAGGACGAAAAGUACGCUGAUCAUAUCGACAUGCCCGGCACCAAGGUGGACAGUAAACAGCGAAUCACAGUGCGAAACUUGCGCAUUCGAGAGGACACCGCCAAGUACUUGCGCAACCUCGACCUGGAGUCAGCGUACUACGACCCAAAGACUCGAUCGAUGCGAGACAAUCCGUACCGGGAGACGGGAAAGACACCGGCGGAGCUGCAGUACGCUGGCGACAACUUUGUUCGCUACACUGGUGACACCCAGAAGGUUUCCAAAGCGCAGCUUUUCUCCUGGGAGCUGACCGACAAGGGCGUCGAUGUGCACCUGCAGGCAGAACCGACCAAGGCUGAGCUGAUAAACAAGGAGUUUGACUCGAAGAAGGAGGACAUUAAGGAGACGAUCAAAGAGAGCAUCCUCAGCAAGUACGGCGGCAAGGAGACGGGANAGGAGUACCUGCAAGCGCAGCCAAAGGAGCUCAUUUUUGCGCAGACAGAAGACUACGUGGAGUACUCCCGGACGGGGAAGAUUAUCAAGGGCGAGAAAAGGGCGCCCAUUAAGUCAGUGUAUCGGGAAGACGUCUUCAUCAACAAUCACACCACAGUUUGGGGCUCAUUCUGGAAGGCCGGCAAGUGGGGAUACAAGUGCUGUCAUUCUUUUGUUCGCAACUCCUACUGCACGGGAACACUGGGCCAAAAGACAAAUAAUGUCCUUCUUUCGCAUGACGCUCAAGAGGCAGAUAAUGAACAAGGUGAUGAUGACAAUGCCAACAUGUCAUUGCUGGAACAACACAUGGAAAAGAAGAAGAAAGACAAGAAAAGCAAAAAGUCAAAACAGAAGGCUGAAAAGGACGCUGAUGACAGCAUUGAUCAGGAGAAGCUUAAAGUGGCACUGCAGAAGGAGGAGGAAAGCAAAAAGAAUGCCGAAAAGCUUCUUCAGAUGGACGAGCGAAAACGGUCGUACCACUCCAACUACGAUGAGGGACCUAUCACUAACGAGGAGAUUGAGGCGUAUCAACUAAAGAGACAGAGAAGCGAAGAUCCAAUGUCGGCUUUUAUGAAAUAG